GCUUUCUCUACUGUGUCGUGAGUCGCUCGAUCUCAGGACCACGUGCUUCUUCUACCUGCUGCAUUGCUAAACAUUUUCACUGCAGGUUGACAAUUUAGUGGAUAUACUAUUAUUAAGGACAUCUAUGAUGAAAUUUAAGUGGACAGCACGUGGGCUUGGAUAUUUAGUGAAGAAAAAUUAAUUAAGUUUUAAUGAAAAGAGUUGAAUACAACAUACAAUGGUUAUAAUUGCGGCAAGUGUUGCCGGAGCGAUAAAAGCCGCUGGGCUACUUUUAGCCGGCAAAUUAGCUAUUUUGCCAGUCUUGAUAGCCGCCUUGGCAUACUUCAAUUAUGAUUUAAUGGAUCCUGAAAACCAUCCCCAGGUGACGAAAAAUUUGCGUCCAAAAUAUGACUUCGUGGUAAUUGGCGGUGGGAGUGCUGGUAGCGUUAUUGCGAACCGACUCACUGAGAAUCCCAAAUGGAAUGUCCUGCUUUUGGAGGCUGGUGGACAUGAGACUGAAAUAACGGAUGUCCCAAUACUCUCGCUUUACUUACACAAGAGUAAAGUUGACUGGAAAUACAGAACUCAGCCCCAGUGGUCCGCGUGCCAAGCUAUGGUAGAUCAACGAUGUUGCUGGACGAGAGGAAAGGUUUUGGGAGGCUCGAGUGUGCUGAACACGAUGCUGUACAUACGAGGCAACAAACGCGACUUUGAUCAGUGGGAAAGCUUUGGCAAUACCGGCUGGGGUUACGAGGAUGUUUUGCCAUACUUUAAAAAGUCAGAAGAUCAGCGAAAUCCCUACCUAGCUCGCGACAAGAGACACCACAACACAGGAGGUUACUUAACCGUACAAGAAGCUCCUUACAAUACACCACUGGGCGUAGCAUUCCUUCAAGCCGGCGAAGAAAUGGGUUACGAUAUAGUAGAUGUUAAUGGUGCGCAGCAGACUGGUUUCGCAUUAUGGCAAUACACUAUGCGACGCGGUACACGUUGCAGUACUGCAAAAGCCUUCAUAAGACCCAUAAGAUUGCGCCCGAAUUUCCAUUUAUCACUGUGGACUCACGUCACCAAAAUACUGAUUGAUCCAGGGACGAAACGCGCAUACGGCGUGGAAUUCAUACGGAACAAUAAGCGCGAGGUAGUUUACGCGACCAAGGAAGUUAUAUUAUCAGCGGGGGCUAUUAAUUCACCACAAUUGUUAAUGCUGUCCGGAAUCGGAGAUGCACAGCACUUGAAACAAGUUGGCAUUAAACCUUUAGUUCAUUCACCCGGAGUUGGUCAAAACCUCCAAGAUCAUAUUGCAGUUGGUGGAAUUGCCUUUUUAAUAGACUAUCCAAUUAGCAUCGUUAUGAACCGUUUGGUUAAUCUUAAUUCAGCGUUGCGUUACGCAAUAACUGAAGAUGGACCAUUGACAUCGAGCGUCGGUUUGGAAGCAGUUGCAUUCAUUUCGACAAAGUACGCUAACCAGACUGAUGACUGGCCUGACAUUGAGUUCAUGUUAACGGCAUCCUCAGUAAAUUCUGACGGAGGCACACAAGUCAAAAACGCUCAUGGGUUAACGGAUGCGUUUUACAAUGAAGUUUUCGGCGAAGUCACCAACAAAGAUGUCUUUGGGGUAUUUCCUAUGAUGUUACGUCCGAAAUCGAGGGGCGAAAUCAGGCUCAAAUCCAAUAACCCUCUAGAGUAUCCCUUACUGUAUCACAAUUAUCUAACCCGUCAGGAAGACGUUGACGUGUUGCGUGAGGGCGUCAAAGCGGCUAUCGCCUUAGGGCAAACGGUUUCUAUGAAACGUUUUGGCGCACGAUUACACGAUAAACCUCUGCCUAAUUGUAAACAUAUUCCAUUGUAUACUGACGAGUAUUGGAAUUGCUAUGUAAGACAAUACACAAUGACUAUUUAUCACAUGAGCUGUACUGCUAAAAUGGGCCCCCCUGACGAUCCCAUGGCUGUUGUAGAUCCGCAACUCAAGGUCUACGGUAUCGAAGGGUUACGAGUUAUCGACGCUUCUAUUAUGCCGACAAUUACGAACGGCAAUAUAAAUGCGCCGGUUAUUAUGAUUGCUGAGAAAGGAGCUGAUAUGAUAAAACAGCAGUGGUACAAAAGAUGGAAAAGGGAUAACACGAGUUUCGCAGCGUAAUUUAUUACUUAUUUAUAUUUUAGUGUGAAAGUCUAUGAUUUAUUCCAAGUGCCAUGGACAUAAAACAUUGAAAAAGGACGUUAUCAAAGCCAUGUACGAAUAAGGAAAGUGCGUUAAUAGAUUUUAUGCUAAUUUUUUUUCUAAAUGUUAAGACUCUGUGCAAAGUGUAAUUGACUUAUAAAGUGAGCUCAAAGGUUGUAUUAUUUAAUUCAAAAAUUCAAGACUAUUGAGACCAAUUUAUUAAUAAUUAAAUUAAUUUGUUAACGUUAUUUGUAUUUCUAAAAAAAUUAUUUAAAGCUUUUAAUUUAUCUGUAAUAUGUUGGAUGUGUAAAUAAUUUAAUUUUAUAGACAAUUAACGGGAUUAUGUAUUUAAAAAAUAAAUAAUAAAUUAUGUGAGUUAAUCUAGGGAGAUUAAAGGAAACAUUCAACUAAGCGAGGCGCAAUUACUCAAUAAAUACAAGUGCAUAAGUAUAAAAAAAAAAAAAAUAGAUAGAUAAUUUCAUCUACUGGAACUAAUUCGCUGACGUGUUGCAUACAUUAAUAUGAACACGAAAUGCUGAAAAAGUUUCUUAACAUGAGUUAUUUAAUUCAAGGGUGAAUAUUUUCGUGCAGCUAAUGAUAUUAAAUGUAUAUAUAUUUUUUUUAUAAUAAUGUAAAUAAAUUAAUA